UCACAUGCAAGUCAAGUUUGAUCAGCUGACACAAGCCAGCUUCCCCUUUCGAUGCUGCUCGGCUUUCCUCCAUCGACUGAAGUCGCCUCACAAAACCGACUUAUUUAGGUUUUUGGGGGGCGAAUUGGCGUCAGUUCGGAAAUCCAAGCCACAGAUACCUUGUUAAUAUUUAAUUAACCAUCAGGAUAGAUGCUACUAGAGUGGAUGAUGAACGGACACGCCAUUCUCUACACCGGGGUCACUUUGGCCUUCUGGAGCACCAUACUAAUCGUCGGUAUUUGCUAUACCAUUUUUGACCUAGGAUUCCGAUUUGACGUGGCAUGGUUCCUCACAGAAACCUCACCUUUCAUGUGGGCCAACCUGGGCAUUGGCUUGGCCAUCUCUCUGUCUGUGGUGGGGGCCGCCUGGGGAAUCUACAUCACUGGCUCCAGCAUCAUCGGCGGUGGUGUCAAGGCUCCACGAAUCAAAACCAAGAAUUUGGUCAGCAUCAUCUUCUGUGAAGCUGUAGCCAUCUAUGGGAUCAUCAUGGCUAUUGUCAUCAGUAACAUGGCUGAGAGCUUCACUGGAACAACUCCUGACACCAUUGGGGCAAGGAACUACCAAGCUGGUUAUUCCAUGUUUGGUGCUGGUUUGACUGUGGGCUUUUCCAACCUCUUCUGUGGGAUCUGUGUGGGCAUUGUGGGCAGUGGAGCAGCCUUGGCAGACGCCCAGAACGCCAGUCUUUUUGUGAAGAUCCUCAUCGUGGAAAUUUUUGGCAGCGCAAUUGGUCUGUUCGGUGUCAUCGUAGCCAUUCUGCAGACGUCGAAAGUAAAGAUGGGAGACUAGAAGAUUUAUCCACAAGAUGAGAAGAUAUAAAGACACUGCUGGAAAAUAAGAUGGAUUAUUGUGUAAAUACAUCGUAAAUUAUUUAAAUGUCUUUUUUUUUUUUGUCUGUGAUUGGUUUUUAACCAUCCAUUUGCUGAAGAGUGGUUCAUGCACAGCCUUUUGUCUUACAAGAAACACAGGGGUCUGGUGGGAAAACACGACAGAAAAACACCAUACUCUUUAAAAUAGCUUAUGACCCAUUACUUUUCAUUUGAAUUACAACUAUUUUGUACAUCUCACUUCACCUUCUCUCCAUUCAUCUGUUUGCGACUGCUUUCAUAACACCAACCAUACAGAUGAUGGUCAUGUUUGCCUUUGGCACAACAAAUAUUAGCUAUUUGAACUUAAAAUAAAUGACAGAGUAGAAGUAAGUUUAUUGAAAAAUACAGAGAAAUAGUGACUCAUCUAGCUGUGUUUUAGCGAUCUUUAUUUUUAUGCCAUCAACAUCUUUUUUUGUGUGACCACUCUUUAUGUAUGAUUGGUUAAAAAUGAGACUAGAGUAUUUGAAAAUAUUUGUGUGUGUGGGUGUGUGUGUACAUGCAGGACACAUGAUUUCUCUUUUCCUGUGAAGCAUGAGGGUGUUUACCAUUAUAUGUACUGUAGCCUGGUCUGUCAGCUGUUUAAUUUUUUUUCUCUUGUUUUUUUAACUGUUGUUUAUUAAUAAGCAAGUGGUCCUUAUCAGCACUGUGGCCCAAAUCCAGUAUUCAUCAGGCCUCUCGCUAUCAGGAUUCAUGUAGAGUCAAAGAGUUUUGGAAGACACCACAGAACUGAUCCGGGAUCACUGGUGAGGUCACAGGACAAGACAGACUUAGCUCAAAACAGGGUCAGAUCUCAGUUGCAGAUUUCAGUCUCACAUCAGCAGCUCUGCUCCAAAUGACUAUCCGUCCAUGAUCCCCCUCCAUCAUUCCGUUCAUUAUGGCUUGGAGCAGUGUUAUCCAAAAACAUGAAGGCACGAAGAUAAUCUCCAUUUGAAACCCAUGAGCCACUCCUCAUCAUCGCUCUCAGCCAGCACUUUAUUUGCUCUGAGUCUCCCUUCUUUAUUUUUUCUUUAUUUCACUUUUAACAAGGUGGUGAUCUUCUCUAGUAGUUUUAACAUGAUGAAUCAGACAUUAAAUUGAAGAUUCUGUGUUAUUUUGUAAAGUGUUGGCAGGCAGAUUUUCAAUACCGAGGGCCAAGAGUUGUACUCUAAAGCCCCCAGGUCACUAUUCAUCACUGAAUCUAAGUCCAGAAAGAGGUUUUAGUUUUUCCUGGCCCAAGUAGAAUCACCAUCACUGAGCUAGAAAUCAUUUGAGCAGAGCUCUUUGUGCUAAGAUAUUAAAAAAAAAGUCCUAGUCCUGACUUGUGUGACUUAGAUCUUAUAUUAACUGAUGUAUGUGGCUCUUCCCAAAACUCUUGGUGAAAAUGGACUCCACUGCAGCAUGGAACCACUUGACUGUUGCCGAAUUCUUUUGCAAGUCUGCGAUCUUCUGUCUUUUUUUCAUUAUUUGUUUUACAGCCGGCUUGUUUUGAAUGUACACCUUUACAGGCACACCCAUUUGACAGUGUUGCUUCAAGUGGUGUUUUUUUGUUCCCUUAUUUUUCCCUGGUUCUUUUUUUUUUUUUUUUUUAACAUUCCUUUAAAGAGGAGCUAAACGUGUGGGUAGAAGAGACAUCCAGUUGGGCCCUGAGAUACUUGCAGCUGGGCAACUACUAGCAGCUUGAGUGGGUGACAAAAUUAGAUUCCUGCUGCAUCACAACACAUCAUUAAAUCCUUGUCAUCCAGGUCUGUGUAUACUUUGAUGUCGACUAAUAGCUGCGCAGUGUUUGCAGCUUUUUUGCCGCUGAUGUGGAUCUGUAAAUCAGGGUAAACAGGUUAUUUCUCUGGGUUCCCUUAAUCAUCCCAACGUUUGGUUGUUGGCUGAGAAAAACAAAGAUGGUGAGAAUGCUGAUUGCUGAAUGCUGCAAAACAACCUUCAGUAAGAUUGCAGAGUUCAUGUAAAUGACAGGAGGAACUUGUUUAGCAGCCCUUUUUAUUAGUAAUGCAUCAUUCCUUAAGUCAGAAAUGUUAAGAUGACAGACCACGGCUGAUUGUUAAUCGUCUCAGAUCUUUCCUUGUAAAAUUUCCCUUGACACCUCUUAAAAGUAUGUGAAGGAGAAACAGUAUAAACAUUGUUGGAGAAGGGUGAAAAAAAGGUUGGGUCAUCUUGUCCAUAUCUAGACUUGUCCUCCCAUAAGCGUCUUAGCAGUUAGAUCGUAUUUGUCCUUGCGGUUUAUGAUGAAGCUGGGAUUUAACUCCAAGAUGCUUUUGGGAAAUCAGGCUCUGUAUGCAGCCCUAGGCUUCAGUGACUGUAGCUGGUACCGUGUGUACAUUAUGUUGAUGUGAUGGUGAUUAAAAAGAAAAAAAAUACAUAUUGUUUUGACAUUGUGUAUAAUAAACUGAUCUUCUGGCUUCAUAAAUGUUCUUGAAAAAUAAAAUGUUCCAAUCAAGA